GUCCAGCGGAUCACGCUCAAACAGCUUCGUAUGGGAACGCAUCAACCUCUCUCAACUCCUCGACUGUGGACUUCAGCUGGAAAAAGCAGUACGGAAAUUAUUUGUCUGAAAGGAAACUAAAUCAAACACCCAAGAGGAGGCAUUAUGUCUGGUGGAAAGCAGAGUUUGCUGUGGCUGAUGAUCGUCUGCUGUUCUUCUGUGUGCCAGAUGAAGGCGGAAAAGAACCUGAAAACCAUCAUCAGGCUGACAGAUCAAUGCGCCGCGAUCGGUCAAGAUGUAACACUGGUCUGUGAAUCACAUGAUAACAAUCUCGUAAUGCAGAUCAAACUAAACUUCUCUUCUGAAGGAAAAUGCAAAACGUACCGUUUCAAGCUAACAGUUCAAGAUUCGAAAACAGAAGUCACACUGAAAGAGACGGAUAAAGAUAUAACGGGCUUAUAUUUGCUAGACAAUAAGAACGGUCAGAUUUCAGCAGAUCCUACUUGCCAGAACCGGAAAGACAAACAAAAUAAUGAAAAUUGUUUGGAGAUCCCCGAUCCUGUAAAGGCAUGUAACAGCACUAACUAUGAUGAGAAAAUCUGCAAAAAGAACAGGAAAAAAAAUGUAAUUAUGAGUUUCAUCAAAGAUCAAUGGAUGUGUGUGACGUGCCAAACCACAAGUGCUGCUACUCUACAAGCAGCUGAUGUUAUUUACAACAUGACUGUUCAAGAUGACGGUGUUAUCGAUCCCCCAAAAGCAUUAGGCUACAUGAACAAAAUAGAGUCUAAAAUGGAUGAGAUAAUGAAAAACAAUAUAAGCAAGGCAGGGGUUUUCAUGGGGGACGUUAUUGGUUUUCUUCAUGUGCAAGACAAAAAUACAGAAACCAAAAACAGAUGCUACUCUUCAGAUGAAGACAAUAUAAACGAAGUUGAUUGUCAAAGCAACACGAGUACAAACUUCCCCUGGUCUGUAAAGAUUUCCAGCGAGGCCUUUAACAAAUCGAGACAGGCGAACAAUGGAAGUGCGUUUCUUGGAAUUCUGCAAUUCUACAAUAUGGGAAAUGAGAAUGAAACUCAAAACAACAUUUUAAACGACGAGGUGUAUGGAAUCACGAUGAGAGCCAGUAUCUCCAACCUUACCAACAAAAUUGACAUGUUCUUUACACAAAGCAAUCAGGAUGGUGAGCCGUCCUGUGUUUCUUGGGAUGGCAAAGGAAAAUAUAAUUGGACGACUUUUGGCUGUGCAACAGAAAUCAUCAACGACACGAUCAAGUGCUCCUGCUCACAUCUGACGUUCUUUGCAGUGCUGAUGAUCCCUCCGUCUCAGUCGAAUCAAAACAUCACAGAGAAGGAUCUGGAAACACUGACUUAUAUCACUUAUAUCGGCUGCGGCAUCUCCAUGUUUUUUCUGUCCAUCGCUUUAUUCAUGCAUUUCCUGUUACGGAAAGCCAAGUCAAACCAGGCCACGAAGAUCUUGAUGAACAUGUUUGUGUCUUUGUUUCUACUGAAUGCCUCGUUUUUGUCAAACGAGAGCGUCGCUAACACACAAGACAACGCUGCGUGCGUCUUCAUAGCGCUGCUCCUGCAUUACUCCAUGCUGGCCUCAUUCACCUGGUUCUUCAUUCAAGCUCUUCAUAUGUACUUAUGGCUCAUCAGACAGAACGUCACCAUCACAAACUACAUGAGGAAGAUCACCGUGUUGGGCUGGGUGUUUCCUGCUCCAACAGUCGUAGCUAUUGCUUCUGUAGGAGAAUAUAAAACAGUAAACAUAAAAACAUCAUCUGAUAAAAUUUCACAAAUGUGCUGGAUUACAAAUUCUUACAUUCACUACAUAGUGAACAUCGGCUACUACGCUUUAGUUUUCAUCUUCACGACAGGAAUCUUCAUCACUAUCGUAACUAGAAUCGUUCAGGCCAGACGUUUAAGAGCGAUUGACGGCAAGAGAAAGACGUUCAGAAAGCAGCUGAUGAUGGUGUUGAGUUUGUUCCUGCUCUUCGGUCUGACGUGGUCUGUGGCGUUCUUCAGUUAUGGACCGAUGCUCAUUCCCUCAUUACAUAUUCACUGUGUUCAACUCCUUUCAGGGGUUUUUCCUCUUCCUGUAUUAUUACCACAUUCACAAUGACGUUGCUGGUGAUUUCUCUGAUGAUCCAAGAAGCUCCGGCUCCACCACAACCAUAGUUAAACCCAACAUCAAUGGUCUGGAAAAUGUCUAUAAUUAGCCUUAUUAUGAAAGAAAUCCACAUAUGCCUUGAACAUUAUGCCUUCUCUACUAUGUGUGUGUGUGUAUGAACCUUAUGCGACGGAGACGCCUCGUGCGUACGGAGAGCUGUUUUGGCUAGAUAGCAACUGGCCCUUCUACCACCUCAAGGUGACAAUGUAUCUUGCUUUCACAAGGUUCUCACUCCCACUGUUUUUCCCUCUUUUUGGUUUUGCUGAGCUGUUAAAACAAGUUUAACCAAUAUUACCAUACAUGUAUAUGUUUUUCUAUGUUAUGGCUUGGGGACCAAGUUCCUCCUUUUCGGGUGCACUCCUAUUUCCCUUAAGUAUAUAAGCUGAAGACAGACUUGAUGUUUUUGAGCAUUUGCUUGAAUAAACCAGAUUGAUUUCA